CAGAAAUUUUAUUGUAUUGUGCAAAUUGCUAUUGAGCAUAAUAUAUUGUUGCCGCAGUACAAACUCUAUUCAGUGCCUGUUCAGUAGGCAAAUAAUUGGCAUUUAUAGUAGAUUGUUUUCAAAAAUUUCGCUUGAUUUUACAAAAUACACAAUUUAAGAAAGAAAACUGGAAACUGAAUGCUUGCCACGAUAGCGGAAAGCGYCCGCAAUAAAAGCGGCCAAUAAGCUGGUAUUGUGUGUGUAGUGAAAUGCAUAGUAGCGAUUGGAAGAAUCAUGCUGGAGGAGAGUGGCCAUCGCCGCGGGAGGUGCCAUACCAGCAGCAAAAAUUCUUACAAAAGCGACCACAACGUUUACAAUAUGGCCAACAGGCAGGCAACGCAACAUUUUAUGAACGUUGGCACGUCAACCCAGCAGCAGCGUAUCCACCGCCCAUGUACGCAACGGACGACAGUGGUUGCUAUCGCCGCUAUUCGUUAGAUGCACCACCUGAAUCGUUGAUUUAUUAUAAUCGUAAUCCAACAGCCGCAUUUAUUGGACAUUCACUUGAUAAUGUUGAUGGCCCUUCCCCUGCMWUUUCUAAUACAUUAUUAUACCCGAAUACUUGGCAUAUUGGCGACGAUGAGCCGCCACCACUACCGGACAAUGUACGCCGUGCAUUCUAUUUUAAACAAAAGAGCACACAAUCGCUAGCAGUUGAUGCAAAUAUUAUAAAUACAGAGCAGGUUGUGCAUAAUUUGACUUUGUUCGGACGUUUUUUGGAAGUAGUGCAGAGUUGGCCAUUGCCCCAUGUUUCAUUUACAACGGCUUGUAUUUUAGUUUUGAUAGCCACAUUUAUAUCACCACGUUUAUGGGCACAAAAUAUUAUAUUUCCUGCUUUCAGAUUAUCCUUUGGUACUCUGUAUCCAGCAUACGCUUCUUACAAGGCUGUACGCACCAAAAAUGUGAAAGAAUAUGUGAAAUGGAUGAUGUAUUGGAUUGUGUACGCUUUCUUUACAUGCAUCGAAACAUUUACGGAUAUCUUUCUUUCAUGGUUUCCAUUUUACUAUGAAGUGAAAGUGAUCAUUGUUUUAUGGCUUUUAUCGCCCGCUACAAAGGGUAGCUCUACAUUGUACAGGAAAUUCGUACACCCCAUGCUAACACGCAGAGAACAGGAAAUCGACGAAUACCUCAAUCAAGCCAAAGAACGUGGCUACUCAGCUGUAUUACAAUUGGGCACCAAAGGCGUCAACUAUGCUACCAAUGUCAUCAUGCAAACAGCGCUCAAGGGUGGCGGCAACCUGGUGCAAACGUUGCGACGCAGUUACAGCUUGAGCGAUCUCUCGGAGCCAGAUGUGCAACGCACGCAGGACGAGAUCGACGAAGUCGUGCAAAUGCGUUCACAGCAACGGCUGCUGCGUCCACGUCCGCAGGCAAGUAUUGCCCGCUCAGCGUCGGGUACACGCCACUCAACCGGCAUGUAUUUCUCCGAGGUGGAUGUUGCUAAGGGUGCGGAUGGUUUUAACUACAAUAUAAGAUCAUCGGAAGACAUUAGUUCGGGUUACUCCAGCGCCGAGCCGGUAUCGGUUGGCCUAAGCAGAACAUCGUCGAUGACAAAUGCUUCGAAAACACGUUUGAAAGCCAGRCGUACAACAGAGAUUUUAAAUGAACCCGAACACAAGUUUAGGCCCAGUGCUCAAGAGUUUAGGGGAAGUUUAGAAGAUUUUGAAGCAUUACACGAUYCAACCGUCGUCGAUAUACAGAAAUGCAUACAAAUUUUAGAGGAGAUGCCACAUAUCGAAGGCGACGACGGCAACUGCUUGUCAGUUGAAAAAAUGCAAACCAUUGAUGAGAUCAAUGACGUGGAUUGUAGCUUUGAGGUCGAAACUGGCGUUGAAGAAAUUAUAAAACUCAAAGACCAAGCAACGGUCACAAUAAUGCAACAGCAAUCAGAAGCCGAGCUGGACGCAGUGGAGGAGACAUGCGAGGCGCCCAUGGCMGACAUCGUUGAAGUAGCAUUAAAGGACGAUUAUUAUUUGAAGGAGGAUAACAAUUCUAUUUACAGUAACAGCGAUACCUACAACACACUCSAAAGCAGCGAUGAGGACAAUGAAAGCGAUGUCUUCACAGAUGCGCUACCCACAUUAGAGUCAGCUGAAGGAACAAACCCGGAGAAAGAURGCGAAGAGACGCCUGCAGACAGCUUUGAACAGCAAGRGAUUACAACUGCUUGCGCGCCACCCGAUUUACCCAUAARRGCCAACGAAAUCGUAAACCAAGCUGUGGCUCAAGCAACCACAACCAGCGUCGAACCUCAAGCAACUGCCGAAAAACCAAAAAUCAAUGCCAAAGAACUACAAGACACCUUAAAAGCAAUCAAAGAUAAUUUUCGUGCCAAUAUUGCAACAACAACAACAACAACAACAAUACCAACAUUAACUUCUUACACAACUGCAAUUGACAGUAAAUUACAGAUGCCACGCCCACUAACGCACAACAAGGGCAAAGCACCAGCUCCACCAUUGCCGUCGCGUCCCACACGUUCAACAGAUGUUGUUGUGAGCAGCACACCAUCACUUAGUAGUAACGUGGAUGCGGCUAGCUUAUCCUCACGUAGUCCUUCGCCAGCGCCGCACCGGAACAUAUUCCGAAAUAUAAAAAGCAAUCUCUUGCGUUUGGCCAGCAACAACAGCUUGACGGGCAAAGCAAGCGAAGCGAAUGCCGAAAAGCCAACUACCCGUUAUGAGACGCAAUUGUAAAUUAGUUCUAGUUCCAAGUACUAAGCAUAUAAGCUUAUAGACUCUACAACAACAACAAAGCACCCACUUAUAUAAAUGGUCUACAAAUACAACAAUUCUUUUAGAACUGUUAUGUCGGCUAGCUAUACCACGCUUCCACGCACCAAAAAGUCUGAAAAAGUCAUUGGAGCCACGACGAAAACGCGCAGCAAGACGCA